AUGAGUCGCUCGUACAUAGAUGCCCCGAUUGGAUAUGCCGGUGCGCCAUUAAUACCUCGAGGGAGACACAAGGCAGUGGUGAAACCGCAGCUUCGAGACCACGCCACCAGUGGAGAAGGUGUGACUUCGCAGAGGGGUUUCUCUUUGCUUUCUCUUCCAGAUGAACUACUUCUUUCGACGUUUUCAUUAUUAUCGCAGUAUGAUGUGAUUAAACUGAUAAGCAUGAACGAAAAACUUCGGGAGUUGUCGAGGAAAAAGCUAUAUGAAAGCAUCGUCAUCGACAGUAACUUUAGUCAGUUUGAGGAGGAGUACAACAUCAGAAGCCACUCGUAUAUCAAAUCAAGAUACGCACUACGGAAGUUCUUCGAUCACAUACAGGAGAAUCCGGAUUUGGCCGCCUCGGUAAAAUCUUUGGUCUAUGCAGAUAGUGCGGGUGAAGAUGGUAUGCUGGAGGUCCAAACGGUUACUGGUUACCUUAAACAGGUACUUCCUCUGUGUACCAGUCUGGAAACGCUUGAUUGGUUUCAGUCACAUGCCGUUGACUUCAAGGUGCUCAAAUGUCUUGGUGCCCCGGAGAAAUUGCGCAAACUGGCUCUCAGCAUGUCAUUUGGUGCCCUUCAAAGAGGCAUUCUGGAGUUCAUGACUGCCCAUUUUAACCUGGCCAAUCUAGAAAGUCUUUCGAUCAAACCAUUUCACUCAUCUGGUCUUCUGGCCAAUAUCAUUCAAAUUUUACUUCGAGACACGAAUAUCUCGAACCUGAAAAGUCUGAGGUGUGUGAAACAUGAUACUUUGACAGAUCUGCUCAAGUCUCCAGCAGCAACUUUACCCGUUUCCCAUGAAAGUGAGAGCCGGUCACUGGACCUAGACACCAUUCUGGUUCUUUGCUCGUCUCUUAGACAUUUGCAUAGAAAAAAGGCAAAACUGGACUUGGAACAAUUUUGUCUGAAGAGCUGCAUCGUUCGUCCUACAGAUUUCGACACUUUGAACAGUACUAUCAACUUGGGUGCUCUGGAGGGCCUGUUUUUGGAGGAGAUGACUGUUAUGGACAGUACCAAUCCCAAUCCAAUAUUGGUUUCGGGUAAUCAGCUAGAGAGAAAAAGUUUCUUAGACUCUUUGGGAUAUUCGUUGGCUUCCAUUCAGCGACUAACCAUUGAUAUCAGACAGAUUAACAUAGAUAGCGUGCCUGCUCUCAUCAGGCAGUUGACUGGGCUGCAGGAGCUGGAUGUGGCCAUUCGCUGGAAUGAGUCCAAACUGUCCUCAUACCCAUCGCGAGUGGCUCUUUGUCUUGAAUAUGCAGAUGCAAUCUUAGGACACCGCAAAACCCUCAAAAAAUUGGCAAUUGAGUCUUCGCACGAGGUGACCAGAUACAAAAGAGCUCUUUUGGGUCUUCCGGACGAGAUGUUUGAGAGUCUCUUCCUCGGACCCGAAUCGGAAUUUCCUGAACUACAAUCUCUAAGAUUAAAUGUUCCUUUCAAUAUAAUUGCCUUGAGUCGUGAAAUUCUGUUUAGCGAACGUCUCCCGAAAUUGGCGCGUUUGUGGAUAUUUGGCCAGGAGGCUGGAGGAAGACCCCACAUGGGCCUGGGCAACCCUUUCCCAGGUGUCUUUGACGAAUGGAUACUUGACCAACACGUGGUUUACAAUAUUUGCAACUACGUUGCGCGCAAAAAGGUGUUGAAAUACCUCAAGAUCGAAAAAUGUCUGUUUGAGAUAGACUAUGCUGAAGACGGCCGAAUUGAAGAUGUUCAUUUCAAAAACAACCUGGACUCAUGGUUUGACGAAAAGACUAGGGUCUUAUUCAAGGUGUAA